AUGGCUGAGAUUGCGUCCACAAUAAUUGUAACUGGAGGACUGGUCACACCACCUCAAUCUCCCUACGGCAAGGCAUUCACAUUCCUUCUAAUUCACUGUAAUUACCUUCUACCAUCCGCUUACCUUGAUCUCUUGCAUCGCUGCGCUCUUCAUCUUGGCUGCUGGCAGGAGCAAUCUCCUUCCUCCCAUUCGGGUUACCUCAAUUGGCACGCUUGGUCUUUACUACAGACCUACCCAAAAGGUAUCCACGUAAAGCACGUUCGAGGCCUAUUUGAGUCCGUGGGCGGUUCCAAUGCCGCUGAGCCUGGUAAUUCUACUCAUUUCAGAUUUUACUACUGGUUUUCUUCUCCAUUGACGGUUAUGAACGCGCUCUGUUAUAUAGCUGUGACUGUAUCCCUGUCUCAAUUAUUCGCUCUAGAGAACGGUGCUGACUUGGAUUUGGAAUGGGGAAGGUUCCUCCUCCUCCUCCUCAUGAGUCCACCACUGAAAACGCCCCCAAUUCAAGCUACAAAUGCUGUGAACGCCAUUAAAUCUUAA